AUGCUAGAGCGCGCCACUGCGUCUCUGAAAGCCGGAGCUUGCGACUCUCUGCAACGUAUCCAUCGGGUUCGCGCUCCGCGCAGCAGGCGUCUGCUCCACAGCGCCUUCUGGAAUCAUGGCGCUGGCGACCUCGACCUCCCACCUUGGGCAGUCUCCUUGCUGCCCAUGCCCACCGAUCUGCCGUUGAAGAGCGAUGGUCAUCUCAACCAUCAGCAAAGACAAAGCUCCAGCAGUGGGCGAGAUGCACCUUCUCACGCUGCGCCUCUCCUCGACUUCCUCUACCCUCCCAAUGCUUUAGCCUGGCUGCACAAGACAAGUUGCAAGCAACGGGAGCGUUCGGAGAUUCGGAACGCACAGAGGUUGCCGGACGGAUCCAUUCAGGCGUCGAGGAGAUAUUCGUCCAGAUCAAGUGCGCAAUCGGGCCGCCUUGCGCCGCCGGAGAAAGAUGCCCUAUCGGACCACAUCGAACGAGACAGACAGGAAGGGGCGCGUGCCAGACAGCAAUCGGCAAAAGAGGGUGUGCGGUUUGGAAGUGCCGUCGGGGAUAUGCUCAUCAACCCGGUGGAAGGAAGUUCGAAAUCGCAGGCGGGCACGGCAACAGACUCUCUAAAAGACGUGGUCGACCACCAAGAUGAAGAGGUGAAACGGGAUGCUUUUGCGGAUUCUCCAGCCGAUCUCGCUGAGCUUGAAAAUUACUCUUCGGAUCAUUCGGAUUCUGUAACAUCACUUCGCGUGCUGAGAAACCUUCUGAAAGAAUCGAAGGUGCCGGAAGAGCAGUCCCAAAGACAGAGCAGAGUAUCGCGCGCUUGGGCCCUCUUCUCCCGUCUGCAAGAGGAUGACAAGGCAGACACUCGCCUCAAAAACGAAUUUAUUGCCUGGCUUGUUGCGCAGCAUACGGAAGUUGCGGACGCGCACUGCAUCUCACUUUACUGGGCGCUACCGACGGACGAACGGUCUUUGUCCACGUACCAGGCGGCUCUCGCCGCCUUCCUGCGCCGUGAUGAUAUGGAAAGUGCGCUGGGUUUGCAAAAGGAGGCUCUGAAGACUAUUGCAAAUGGCUCACAGAUCACCUUGGAACUAUUCAGGUACGCCAUGAAGUACCAGCUUUUGGACGCUGCGGUGUCAGUCAAGAAAGCGCACGACCAGCAUUACGCAGACCCUCGUUUCCCCGCACAAUCCAACCAAGGAGCCCUCUUCUGGCUGGGCAUUGCAGAGAUGCCAGACUUGAUACCUGUUGCUUCCGCCCUGGCCAGGAAAAUCGUGAGGAUGAAAUAUGAGCGCCCCGAGAUUAACGAAGAAGAGAAGGUCGGUUACACUCAUUUGGUUGCCAGGAUCGCAGAAGAAGCCAUACACCGGGCGGCCCUGGAACAUCACCGGUCGGGCCGGGGUGACGACAUAUUUUACUUGAUCAACUACGUUGAAAGAUUCAGUCCCAAUGCACUCAGGGCCCUGGAGCUCUAUCUGGCCUCGACAAUGGAGGGCAUUAGUCGGGUCUUCAAGACCCAAAUCACGCGUGAAUUUGAUCGCGUCUUCCACAGCGUGUCGUUCGCCUACCAACGUUACCGUAUGCUUCCCAACGCCCGACUGCCGGAGUCCACUCUUUAUCCAAUUUUCAAAGAGGUCAUGUGGCACAAUCUCGACCGAAGGGUUGAGGAAAAGGGCUUCCGCGCAAUCACCCCCAAUCGAAUCAUGGUUGAUUGGAGGAAAUGGCACGGUCGACUCAGCGCGGCCGCCAUCGUCGAGCGAAUUCGCUAUUUUGCCGGUUCUGGAGACGCUUCGGGUGUGCAGGAGUGCUUUGAAAGUCUCCAACAACAGUAUCCGUACGAGGAACAGCGAAAGUCGUUCUUCUCUCUCAUCUAUGUUCACGCUCGACGUGCGGACCUUCCAAAUGCUGAGAAGACUUUCCAGAAGGUGAGAGACAUGGCUUCCGAACAUGGAGAUCGGUUGGACUUGCCGUGCUGGAAUACUUUACUACAUGCAUAUGAGCGCACAAACGAGCUCGAUAAAGCGCUUGCGGUAUUCAAUGAGCUACUGUCGGAGAAGAUGACUCCCGAUAUCAGUUCUGUCCAUCCGAUUGCGACAAUACAUGCUCGACGAGGUGACGUUGCAAGCGUGAGGGGCGUGAUUGAACAGUAUCAUAGAUUGUGCAACGUAAAGAAGCAUUUCCAUCUCAUUGGAAGUCACAUGCUUGCCCUGAUCCGAAGCGGCGAUGUGGAACAAGCCCAGAACGUACUCGAGGACGCGAUCACGCAGUUCAGGAACAGACAAGUUGAAGGGUCCCCCACCAUGUCCUGCAACUUUCUACUCUUGGCACACGCCUUGAACAGAGAUGUGGAUGGAACGAUGCGGGUAUACGCCUGGAUGAAGGAGAAGAAGAUACACAUGGAUGCGUACACGUAUGGCGCGCUCAUGCAAGCAUUGACGCUACUCCAUCAAACUCAAGCUGCUUACAAGAUCAUGACCAGAGUCAUGCCCCAGGCCAACCUCUCGCCAGUUGCAAUACAUUACGCCGUCAUCAUGGCGGGAUUCGUCAACCAGCGCUCGUACCAAGAUGCCCUGCGGAUAUACAAGGAGAUGCGAGAGAACAAUGUCCGAGACACCCUUUCCAGCCGCAAAAUCUACCUCCGAGCCUGUGCUCUGCAGGAACAGAAGGAGAGACGGAUAGCACGACCUAUUGAAGAGGAGAUCCGCCCUGCGCCUCUGGACGUAGUCAUCAAGGAACUGGAGAGCACGCUUGGGUACCGAGACGGCCGCGAGAUCGCUCUGAAACAGCCUUCUCAUGGAACCGAGCCGUCGACCACCGGUAGAGACAUUGGCGAGUACGUCGAACACGCCAUGUUGCUGCACGGCAGCCGACGCUGCUUGGAGGCGGUCAUCGAGAUGUUCCGGCGGUACAAAGCAGCAACAGCGGAGGCCAGACAGUCACCGGAUCCACCACCUAUGCGGAUCUUAACGGCGCUCAUGCGUGCAUUCUGCCAUCGGAAGAAGUAUGAAAUUGUUGAAGCACUGUGGAAGCUGGCGAAGCAGCAAGCCGAUGAAUUCGCUCCUCUCACCCCCGUGCCUGGACUGACAGGCCUGCAGCCCCUUGAGCAGAUCGGGUCUGAUACCACGGAAGACAACGAAGCUUCUCCGCCGGACACCAGCGAUGUGGCUGAAGUUGGGUUUUCUGCCGCGAGUGACGACGAAGCUUCUUCGCCGAAUACCAGCGAUGUUGCUGAAACCGGUCCCCCUGCCGAGCAUGACACAAGUAUUGGAGAAGACGAAACUGUGCCUUCGCCCGAAAACAGCUCUCCCCUUCGCCCUCCAGCUCCCGGCCUCCGGCAUGUUCUCUCGAGGCCACUGUAUGAGUAUCUCAAAGCGUUGGGACGAGAGGAACGCACGGGUGACAUGAUCCAGACGGUGUCGCAGAUUCUCGAUCAAGGCUAUACGCUUGACAUUUACACGUGGAACCGGCUCAUCGAAUCCCUGUGCCAUGCCAAACCGCCGCUGGUGCUGCUGGCCUUCACGCUGACGGAACGGUACCUGAUCCAAGAAUUCCCGGGGUGGUUCACGAUCCGGGGACAACCGCGCAAGUCGGCGCGUCAGCACAAGCUGCAGCACAUGCGGGCGCGAUAUCUGCCGCCUCAGCGAGUGAUGCCACAGUACCGGACGUUGGUGCAUCUCAGCUCGGGAUUGGUGUGGCUCCGGCGGGCGGAAGCGGCCAUGGGGGACUCGAUGAAGGCGCAGCUGGGGGAGAAAUAUCGCCUGGUGGGGGAUGCGAAGACGAUCGCCGAGCUGGCGCCGCAAACGCUCGAUGUGGUGGAUCGGAUGCCGUAUGUGGAUGACGGAUUGCAGCGCAAAAACUUCCGACCGAGAUAG